CAUGCUUAAUACUUAUCAUACACCAAAAUAGACCUACAAAUAAUAACCAUCAAAAAUAUAAUAGCCUAUACAUUAAAAAAGCCUCACCUGUAAGUCUCUCUCUCCUUAAUAAUUAUAAAUUCCCCUUCAAUAUAAUUAAAUUAAGGAUGAUUAAGAUCCUUCAACACCACAAAAGAUUAAAUUAGCCAAGGGUGUUAAAUUAUUAAAUAUUCCAUCUUAACUUAAUGAUAACAGUUUUAGAGGAAGCAGCUCUAAAAAUAUAUUGACAUAAGAUAGUCCACUUAUAACACAUAAUAAAGAAAACAAUUCAAUUGGUAGAAGAAUUUGUACUGAAUCAAGUACUCAAGACAAUUCAACUUCAUUAGUUAUACAAGAAAAUAAAAAGUUAAAUGAAUUGAUUUAAAGAUUAUUUAGAGAGAAAUAAGAAUUAGUUACAAUCAUAGAAAAAUAAAAGAAUUAAUAAUAAUUUUAACAUGGUUAGACUGAUUAAUUCAAUCUUUUAAGUUUAAAAGCAAGAAUUGAAAGAUUAGAAGGAGUUAUUGAUUAAUAAAGUGAAGAAAUAAAUGAAUGGAAAUUAAAAUAUAAAUAAGCAUGUGAAGAAGAUGAAAGAGUCAAUGCUAUAGAUUAAAUGGUAUUAUUAUAAAAAUAUUCAUUUAUAGGAAUCACAAAUACUUAAAGUGGUUGAAGAAAAUGAAAGACUGAAUAAUUUAGGUUUUGAUAAAGAUAAAUAAAUUUCUAAUUUAAACAAUGAAAUUACAUUAUUUUAGAAGAAAAUCUAUGAAUGUGAAUAAAAAAUCAAAGAUUAAGCUAAUCUUAUUAUUGCAUAUGAAGAAGAUACAAAAGAAUUAAAAAAAGAAUACAAAAUUAAAUUAAAUAUAAUUGAAAGAUUUGAAUAAUAAUAAUAAUAAUUAGAAUAGAUAGAACAUUCUUAUUAAUCAUCAUUUCAUGAAAUUUAAUAAGGAUAACCAAAUAAUAAUUAAUAAAUAAUUUUAGAUUACAUAAAAUAAAUAGAAUAAGUAUUAUUAUUAUAUUAAUUUUAGUAAUUGUGUGAUUUAUCAACAUAAUAUACAUCAUAAGUCUUGGAAAAUUAAAGAUUAUUGAGAUAAAAUAAUAAUUUAAAAGAAGAAUUACUAUCUUAAUAAAAGGCUUUGGAUGAUAUAAGGACAUCUUAAAGAGGAGCUGUUAAUCCUAAAUUUUAAGAAAUUAAUAAAAAUGUUACAUUAUUAAGAGAAAAAAUUUUGAAACAAAUGAUUAAAUGA